CUCAAAUUGAAAACAACUUUGCACCCGGUAAACAUUUUGAGUGCGCCAAUUUUCGCACGUGCGGUUCCUGACUGAAAAGUGAUUAAUUUCAAAUGAAUACUACAACGUGUUGCACUCCAAAAAAACCCAGUGAAAUAGUUGCGAAGGGUCUCGAGCUCCAACUGAAAGCGAAGCAAGCCCGCCAGCACCUAAAAUGGGGCGCUAUUCACCUUGGGAUCCUUGCCGUUUUGCUUUUUGAUAUUUUCAACAAGUGUCCUUAUUCGUUUUCACAAUGGUAUUAUGUGGAGUACACCGCUGCGGUCCUCGUGGCGUUGAGUGCGUUUGUAUACUUUCUGCGGUAUCUUUUCUUUGCGUUCAGUUUCGAGCCAAUCAAGGGAACCUUAGCGCAACGGGAUUUAAUGCAGUUUGACGAGAAAGACAAGUCGUUUGUGUUGUCAACCCCCCAAGCAGGAGGCCCAGAAACCCAUGAGGCUCCCAUGAACGCGACGCUUCUAAGCUGGCAUUCUUCAUUCAACGAUUCUAACCGUAUGACGUCUGCCAAUUGGGCAUAUACACGAUGUACACCACCAGGAGCUGGCACUAACACAACACAAAACACGUCCUGGAACUCUUCAGUUCACAAUGAUUCAUCACUCAAUACCAGUGCUUUGAGUGCGAAUGGAAUAUUUGCAACGUCUUACAAAACGUAUGCGAAGGAGAAUGUUGUGACGGAUGAAAGAGGUUUACAACAGCUACUUAAAGAGGAAUACUCAAAACAGGAAUAUAAUCUUUCUGAAGCGCAGGUUGCACAAAAAACACUAAGUCCCACUUCUAUAAAUUCGUUCUGGAAUUAUUGUAAUAAUGCUGCAACUCUACUCAAGACUUCCCUAUACCAGUUAUCUCCUUCGGCAGCUUCUCCAAACAAACAAAGCACAAAAGACGAGGGGGGCAUGUUCGAUGACGGGAAUUCAGAAAUAAUAAAGAAAAUUCCUUCUUCGCGGUUGUCUCAAUACGUAGCGAAUUUGAGAAUGUGGAUAUCGGGUACAAUUUUGCAAAGGAUUGAAGCUGAAAUCAACAAGAUUGACGAAUCGUUCAAAUCGAGAGGAUUCUCAGAUAUCCAAAUCGGUAGUGUUGGACUUGAGAGAUUGAAAAAAACAGCAGAGAAUAAGCAAUUUGUGUCAUCCCACGUACCAAUGCUUCCACUCAUCGUGCCAUUUUUGGAAAUGUCCACAAACCAAGAGUACUUAGUCCAGAGAAUAAAAGACUUAGCUAAAGGAAGCUGCAUUGCGGAUUAUCGAUGGAAUUCGGGAUCAUCAUAUCACGGGUUGAAUUGGGAUGAACAUCUUCCAACGGAUUCUGCUAUUCUCUUCCACCUAUUUUGUACGUACUUGGACAGUCAACUAAUGCCUCUGCCACAACCUGGCGGUCGGCCGUUUUUCAACAGAUAUGUUGUUAUCGGCGAUAAGAAGACUCCGAAAGAAACUAUUGCCGAAGUGAAAAACAAAUCAAAAUGUGCCAUCUUAUGUACUAAUCAAUUGAAACCGAAAUUCAACUUCAUAAGCGACGAUAAGGUUCAUAAUUGUGCAUAUGAUCGGAACAAUUUAUUUUAUGUGAUCAUACAGUUCCUUAUUUACAUGAAAACGAAUCACGAAGGCCUUUUGGAAGGUGUGAAUUUGGGCAAAAGUGGCAUAAAUAUUUUGUGUGUAAUUGAAGAUUGACGUGUAGGGUUAAGCUUAUUGUAUUUUCAUAAAACAAAUAAAUGAAUUUUCUAGUUUGAAA